CAUCCACUUCUCUUUGACCAGCACUGUUGGAGCUCAGAGCUGAAGAAUGUCACUGUACCCUGCUAUUACAUCUGCAACCUUGUGCAUGUGACUAAUAAACCUAAUCUCAUCUAUAGUGUUCACCACAGCCAACUUUAUGUAGAUGAGAGAGGAUGAAGCACAUGGGGAGGGAGAGAAAGAGUGAAAGAGAGAGUAGGUGAAGGAAGUAAAACGGAAGAAAUGUUACCACAAACACUUGAGCAGUGACGGAGACACUCUGAUGCUGGGCUGUGUUAAGACUGAUGUGAUAGACAUUUAAAAUUGAGGAAGAGAGAGUUAGAGAGAGAGAGAGAGAGAGAGAACAGACAGUGUAUUUCACUCACUCUUACAAACACACAGAGAGAUGAUCAUCUACCAAUGCUGUGGCUGUCUUCCUAAACCACCUCUGGUGUAACCUGUUGAUUGUAGAAGGCCGGUGGGCUACAAGUCACCAUGGGGCCCCGUGACUGCUUGUCCUGGACCAGCCUACCUCUCAGCAUCCUGGCUGUGCUUCUCUUCCACCGGGAUGCCAAUGGUCAAGGUUCUGAUUGUUUCCCAGAGAUUAGAGUGACACGGAACACAGUAUGGAGAGCUUCAACUGGGAAACAACUGAAGAUGAACUGUUCUGUUUUCUGUUCCAACUCACCACCACCACCAUCACUAUGGUGUAAGGUUGAUGAAUCAAACAACUGCAAUACUGUCAACACAACAACUCUCAUUCAAAAACAGUUGACAAAUUUGACAAACACUACAUGGAUCUCAUUUCUGACUUUCAAAAACAUAUCCAGAGGUGAUGCUGGUCUAUACAGGUGUAAAUUACACACGGCUGUGGGUCAUUCUAUCAAUGUUAUCGUCUCAGAGAGAAUUGAAGACACCACAGAUUUAUAUCAGAACAAUGAAACAAACAGUACAGUGAGUCAGAGUGACAGCUUCCUGGAGUGGGUGUGGCCUUAUGUUUACUCCUCGGCUGGGAUUAUGGUGUUUGUCAUCGUGGUGAUAACCACAUCCAUGCUCUCAAUGCAUGGUUGUAAAGGUGCCUGUCCGGCCAGGAAGUCAAGGAAAGAGGACCAAACGGAGAACCAGUAUAUGGCUAUACCAAUGACCCAGCAAGCAUUCCCACGACCCAACCCACAAUCCCACCACAGAGGAAGCAUCCGAUCCCACCAAUCCCAGGACCGGCUCCAAGCCCAGCCCCGGCCCCAAGCCCAGGCACAAGCCCAGCCCACCCCACCGCCGGACUGUAUCUAUGACAACGCACCUGCCAGGGGCCCACGUCGCACUCAUCCGGCACCCGGCCAAGCUGCAGCCAAUCAGCUAGCUGUCCCGGUGGACACGGACAAUACCUAUAGCAACGGGAAGGAGAAAGAGGAAGAGAGCGAUAUCAUGUACGCAGCGCUAAACCAUCAGGUAAAGCCUCGAGCCGCUGCACGCCCUGCACAGCCUCAGGUAGAGGGCUCAGAGUACGCAGCCAUACGAGUGUCCUGAGCCCUGGAACCAGGAAGUAAAACUCCUCUUCCCAUAGGGUCACAGUCCUACUGGUCUUUGUUUCUCCCUGAUUACGAGAAGGGGGUCACUGGGUCCCAAAAUGGCGACCGGAGUAUGGGCGAAUGGGUGUGUCAAAAGGGAAGUAGUGGGUAUGUGAAAAGGAAUGGGUGUGUCAAAGGGGAAGUAGUAGGUGUGUGGAAAGGAAUGGGUGUGUCAAAAGGGAAGUAGUAGGUGUGUGGAAAGGAAUGGGUGUGUCAAAAGGGAAGUAGUAGGUGUGUGGAAAGGAAUGGGUGUGUCAAAAGGGAAGUAGUAGGUGUGUGGAAAGGAAUGGGUGUGUCAAAAGGGAAGUAGUAGGUGUGUGGAAAGGAAUGGGUGUGUCAAAAGGGAAGUAGUAGGUGUGUGGAAAGAAAUGGGUGUGUCAAAUCGUCUGCUAUAGGUUAGACGGUUUUGAUUGAGCUGGAUUUUUUUCUCUUCCGUUUCUUGCCACUCAACCAGACUGUGACACACAACUAGGUGCUAUCAUCAACCAAAAAGGGUUAUUUGUCUGUCCUCAUAAGAGAACCCUUUGAAGAACCCCCUUUGGUUCCAGGUAGAACCCUUCUGGGUUCCAUGAAGAACCCUUUCCACAGAGGGGUCUGCAUGGAAUCCAAAAGAGCUCUACCUAGAACCAAAAAGGGUACUCCUAUGGGGACAGCCGUAAAACCCUUUUGGAACCCUUUCUUUCUAUGAGUGUACCUCACAUUGAGCUACCAUACUGCGAGAGAUGGGACAUCUAUUUUUAAGCCAGAGGAUGAGUCUGAGUGUUAGAAUUACAUGAAUAAUUGUAAAUUUUCCGGUUUAAAACUGAAGAUUGUUUAUUGGGGCGGCAGCUAGCCUUGCGUUGGGUCAGUAUCUGAAAGGUUGCUAGAUCAAAUCCCAGAGCUGACAAGGUCAAAAUCUGUUGUUCUGCCCCUGAACAAGGCAGUUAACCCACUGUUCCUAGGCCAUCAUUGUAAAUAAGAAUGCGUUCUUAACUGACUUGCCUAGUUAAAUAAAUAUUAAAUAAAACAGUAUUGAUGAUGGGUGUACUGUUGCUUUAUGGGUUGUACGCAUGUUCCUACUGUGACUGUCACCCUGAUAUAUUACUGUGACUGUCACCCUGAUAUAUUACUGUGACUGCCACCCUGAUAUAUUCCUGUGACUGCCACCCUGAUAUAUUACUGUGACUGUCAACCUGAUAUAUUACUGUGACUGUCACACUGAUAUAUUACUGUGACUGUCAACCUGAUAUAUUACUGUGACUGUCACUCUGAUUUAUUACUGUGACUGUCACCCUGAUAUAUUACUGUGACUGUCACACUGAUUUAUUACUGUGACUGCCACCCUGAUAUAUUACUGUGACUGUCACCCUCAUACUACUGUGACUGUCACUCUGAUAUAUUACUGUGACUGCCACCCUGAUAUAUUACUGUGACUGUCACCCUCAUAUUACUGUGACUGUCACCCUGAUAUAUUACUGUGACUGUCACCCUGAUAUUGACUAGGUAGCUACUUCCCACACCGUUGCUGGACAGUAGUGCCUGUCAUACGAGAGCGAACGGUACUGGGUCCUGUGUUCUUGUUUUUCAUGCGUGCCCUCUCCAUUGAGUAGUAGACUGUAUGUACUGUAUGUAUCAAGAUGGUUAUCAAUAUUAGUUACUUCUUGUGUCUUUUAAAUAAAAUAAUUUGAGAGAAAACAUUGCCACGUUAGCUGCCGCCUGCAACAUGACCACGAUACCAGUGGCAAUCGGUGCCAUUUAAGAUUCUUAUUAUUUUAACCUUUAUUUAACCUGGCAAGUCAGUUAAGAACAAAUUCUUAUUUACAAUGAUGGCCUGCACCGGCCAAAACCGGACGACGCUGGGCCUAUUGUGCACCUCCCUAUGGGACUCCCAAUCACCUCCAGUUGUGAUACAGCCUGGAAUUGAACCAGGGUGUCUGUGGUGACGCCUCAAGCAUGGAGAUGCAGCGCCUUAGACCGCUGCGCCACUCGGGAGCCCCGAUGAGGGAUGAGCAUGGCCUUAUUUCUGUUACAGCUUAUUGGAUGACUGUCAUUCAUAUUCCAUUCACCCAGUUCAAUGUAACAUCGAUAGGUUUAGGCUACUACAUGAUAGUCAAAUCUUCCCUAUACUCAUCAUGAGGUUUCCUCAACCUAGACUAUGAAUGAAAGCUACACCAUGGUGCUGUUUAGGCUACUGUAGACCAACACUGCAAAACAGUGUGUUUUAAUCAAUUAUUUGGUGACUUGAAUACAUUUAGUCUAGUUUUAUCUAAAAAGGCUUACUUCUUAAUAUUUUGCUAUUAAAAUGUUUAUGAAAUUCACUGAGGAAGAUGUUCCUCCCCUUCCUCCUCUGAGGAGCCUCCACUGCAUGAUACCCAGUAGGAAGGACUUCGGCAGGCAUGUCGAUACAACCCCGGUGCACUGGUCCGGCUUAUCGACUCUUCUUGUAGCCCAAUCAGCCACGUAAAACGGUAUUCAGUAGCAACAAAUCUGCCCAAUUAGCUAAUAAUCCAUACACCCACUCUCUCAUACUUUGGUCGCCAUAUUGGGCUGCAGAUACCCCUUCGUGGUAUUACAGAAAUAGAUCAGCUGGCUGCAUCGAACUUUGAACUUCCACCAAUGAUAAUGUCAGUUUUAACUAUGGCCUUUUGGGUACAACUUUCUUACAGAGGUUGAUUUUUGAGGCCUACAUGAAAUAUUCCACUGCACUGUAAUUAGGUGGAAAUCAGUUGACUGUGAAUGUAACUGUGAUUGAUUGUUUUGUUUAAUGCAGUUUUCUGUGAUUUGCGUGUUUCCUAUUUAAACAAAUAAUCAGAUUUGAUUUACUAUAAUAUAAUUUUCACUGCAAUAUUACUCUUCUCCAUUCCUUACUGUAAUCAACCAGUUUCAGUGAAAUCACUGUGUGUUGACAAUCCCCUGGCCUUGGGUUUAGUUGAGGUGUUACUGUCGUUGUGCAGGGUGUUUUGCAGUUUACCUCUUGUGCUGGGAUGUGAUUAGGAGGUUUCCUGUGCUACACAAACCAAAACCCCCACAUGCUGCAGCACACGGUUACAUAUCCUGUGAUGCAGUGAGAAGCUUUCUGUGUGUGUGUGUGUGUGUGUGUGUGUGUGUGUGUUCAUGCCUGAUCUACUGUUCCUGUAUGUGUGUGUGCAUGUGUUAUCCCAGCUAGCACAUAAUGUUCUGAGAACCAUAUAUUUCUUAGACCUUGGUGAGAGUAUGUUUGUCCUAUGAUUAUUUUGCACACAGCCUUCCCACAAUGUUCUGGGAAUGGUGCAGGAUACCCAGCUAGCACAUAAUGUUCUAAGAACCAUUCUUCAGCAUGUUUUCUGCAGGUUUUCUCAUGUUUCUAUUUAAAAGAAAAAUCCACCCAAAACCAUUACUAUAAUUUACAAUGUUGCAUAACACUAAUAUGUGAGAACAAUAUUGUGAUUUUUUAUUUUAUUUUGUCAUUGUAAUAAGGUUGGUAGCAACGUGAAAAUCAUUGUGGAAAUCUGUUGCAGCUCAAGACGACUAAAAAACCCACAAUGCAAUGCUCUCUCUAUGGGCUUGCUGGCCAGUAGCUAGCUAGCAAACGUAGCUACACACAAUACUACCAAAGUCAAUAUCAGCAUGUGAAGAAGGUAGUUAGCUUUAUAAUUGCCUAAACAAAAUGCAAUAUCAAUUUAGGAGUCUACAAUCUCACCAUGUUUAACCUGCAGAUUGAUAUGCCUCACAGAGUGGAGUCUGACAUUCAAAACGACACCAUGCAAUGCACCCUGGACUGAAGAGGCAGACAAAUAGGAGAAAUGUGUUAGACCCUCUGUUAAAUUACACAUUUCUCAAGGCAGGAAUAUCGCGAAAAUAUGAUCAAUGGCUCAUUGGAGAGAAGACAUCGGCCAGUAUUAGAAUCUGACAUGUAUGACAGAUGUUUUAACGAUCUAAAAGUCAUAUUCCUAUUAACUUCCAGAGACCCUUUAACACAAUGCUACAUCAUACUGGCCGAAGUUCUGCCUGCUUGAACCGCAAUAACUCAGAUACACAUGAAAUGACCCAGGGAAUCGAUAUAGCAUCACUCAGAGAUACACAAAAACAACAUUCAAAAUGGGUGAAUCUUUACUUUAAAGUCAUGUUCUCAGAACAUGAAGAAAACGUUCCAUAAAAAGCACAAGCAAACAUUAGUUACAUUCUAAGAAUGUUAUUUAAAAACAUACAUUCCAUUCUCAACAUCAACAAAACUCUCUCUGUACUCUAUCUUGUUAAGUGUGUUCAGGUGUGUUGACCGUGAUGGGUGCUUGUUUCCUCUUGAAAUGGGGUUUGUUUGAAUAGACCAAAAUGAACGGUUUUGUGAACGCUAGCUCCAUCUUGGUGGCACAGUGGACUAAUUCCAAAACAUUCAGGGAACCAUAGUAAACGUUCUCAGAACCUCCCUGCAAGCUAAAAAUGAACAUUCCCAGAAAGUUUUCUGUUUUACUGGUCAGGAAAUGUAUGGCUUCCUUCGCAGAAGAAAUGGGAAACCAAAAAUGUACGUUGCCCCGACUUCCAAGUAACCACAUUUAGUAGAUGUGAGGGUUUAUAUGCUUGCAUGAGUGUGUGCUUUACUAUAUGUGAUUGUGAUCUCCUAACCAUCACAAAGAUGCAGGGCCUUGAACAGGAAACACAGGGCUGACCACAGUGUCGUGAAGAACACCCGACAUGGUGGGAUUGAGUCUGUGAUGUUUUACAGUACAGCUCAUGUGUCAAACUCAUUCCACGGAGGGCCGAGUGUCUGCGGGUUUUGGUUCCUCCAUUCUACUUCACUGUAAAAAUAGAAACACUGUGCAUGAUUGUGUAACAAAACCAUGGAAAAUAGUGCAGCUAAACUGAGCUCUGGUGUUUGGAAGGUGUUUGAAUGUAAACCCAAUGAAAGUGUU